ACUAGGGUUCAAUCUUGAUCUCUCAAGGCUCUCACUUUCGUGGUUCUUUUGUUCUCUCUCUCUCUCUCUCUAUUGGGUGGAGUGAGAGUGUGGAGUAGGAUCUGGGUUUGUGAGAAUAGAUAGAGAGAGAUGGGUGUGGAUUUGAGGCAGGUAGUGGCAGGGAUACUGACAGUGACUAUGUUUGUGAUGCUUGGACAUAUGAUCAAAAGAGACCAUUUUGAUUAUGUUGAAGAGAAAUUUCCUGGAGACGGAAGAGGUGCCUUGGAGAAUGCCAAGAUUUCAAAGGAGGGCCUCUUUUCCCUUGCUAAGAAGGGUGGGAUUACCGAUGAUGACCAAGAGCUAAAACCAUGUUGGUCUAAGCCAGCUUUGGAUGAUGUGGAGCAGACUGAGGGGUUUGUCCUUUUCUCAUUAACAAACGGCCCCGAAUACCAUGUUUCACAGAUUGCUGAUGCAGUUGUAGUGGCAAGGUAUCUAGGGGCAACUCUUGUAGUUCCUGACAUUAGAGGGAGCAAACCAGGGGACGAAAGGAACUUUGAAGAGAUUUAUGAUGUUGAGAAGUUUAUUCUUAGCCUGGACGGUGUUGUUAGAGUAGCAAAAGAACGACCUGGUAAACUAUCAUCAAGGAAUCUUGCUGCUGUGAAGGUCCCUAAUCGGGUUACAGAAGAUUACAUUGUAGAACAUGUGGAACCAAUUUACAGAUCCAAGGGAAACAUAAGGCUGGCAACUUACUUUCCAUCAGUAAACAUGAAGAAGACAGAAAAAAAGAGUGCUAGUGAUUCGGUUGCAUGUUUAGGUAUGUUUGGAACUUUAGAGUUGCAACCAGAAAUCAGUGAAGUAGUUGAUUCAACAGUUGAGCGCCUGAGAACUUUGAGUCGCAAGACAAAUGGCCAAUUUGUAGCUGUGGACUUGAGGGUUGAGAUGUUGGAGCAGAAUGGUUGCCAAGGAGAUGAAAGUGGAACAAAAAGUUGUUACAAUCCCCAAGAAAUUGCUUUAUUUCUGAGGAAAAUUGGAUUUGGCAAGGAUACUACCAUUUAUGUGACUGAAUCAAAAUGGGACAGCAGCCUUGAUAAUCUGAAAGAUAUCUUUCCUAAAACUUAUAUAAAGGAUGGCAUUGUCCCUGCAGACAAAAAAUCAAAGUUCCUGGAUUCAGAGGGUUCUGAAUAUGAAAAGAUCAUUGACUACUAUGUAUGUUCUCAGAGUGAUGUAUUUGUACCAGCCAUCUCUGGCUUGUUUUAUGCAAAUGUAGCCGGUAAGAGAAUUGCUUCCAGCAAAACUGAAAUUCUUGUACCAGCCGACAUUUCCGGCUCUUCUGCAUCUGCCGCCAAUUUCAUCACGCAUUAUGUAUCGAAGAAGAACCAUAUGGCCUAUUCUUGCUUUUGCUAGUGAUUGCUAGAAGAAACCCAGAAAAGGAAAAGGCAUCAGACAGAUGAAGUUAUGGUAUUUAUCCAAAUCGAGCUUUAUGGUUAAGAAGAUGGACAGGCUAGUUUAUAUAAUGUAUACUCAAUCUGUGUUACAUACAAGAACCCCUAAACAGGAGUUUCUCUGUUCUGGUGAUCUUUUAUGACACUUGUUGACAAAGUUUUCAAUCGAUUGUGAUUGCUUCUUAUGUUUGAUAUAUCCCUGAACAAUUUUCUUCUAUUCUUUGUAAUAUUGUCACACUUUCCAAAUUGGGUUGAAAAGAAGGAUUAUUUAUGAUUAUUU